AGCUAAUUGUAGUGAUAUAGAGAAGACUGUGGCUCCACGCAUCAUUACUGCAGGCAGAUAUAUGUGACACAAAAGCCCUUCUGCACAACUAACGCAACAAGAUGGUUUCUUCCCUUCCGUGCCCAUAUUCUGCUGCAAUCCUCUCCCAGCCAGUGCAGGGAUGAAUGCAGCAGCUGCUGCCUCCCUCUCUCUCUCCUCGCUGUGCGUCCACCAUGCAGAACAUAAGACAAGCAGCCACUGAGGCCUUUUCUCGCCUGGGUUUGAAGCAAAAACAUCCGGGUUAUGAAGAGCUCACAGAUUUCAGUGAAGCGCCAUGUCCUGUACGGUCGGUUCCGCCGCAGUGGUAUCACACGGUCCAGGUGCGGAGAAUACGGACACUGAGGAACCGGAGUAACAGCGACCCUCUGCAGGGGAAGAGUGUGGGUCAGGGACUCCAGUGGCCAAAGAAGGGUCUGUCAUUCGGCAAUGCGUCUUCCUACUUAAACCUUGAAAAACUGGGUGAAGGCUCCUAUGCAACUGUGUACAAAGGGAUAAGCAGGAUUAAUGGACAACUCGUUGCUUUGAAAGUCAUCAGUAUGAAAGCAGAGGAAGGCGUGCCCUUUACUGCAAUCCGAGAAGCGUCUCUCCUGAAAGGCCUGAAACACGCAAACAUCGUCCUUCUACAUGACAUCAUUCAGACCAGGGAGACGCUGACCUUUGUCUUUGAAUAUGUGCACACAGACCUGUCGCACUACAUGUCUCAGCACCCCGGAGGACUGCUGCCCUACAACGUGCGGCUCUUCAUGUUCCAGCUGCUCCGAGGUCUGGCCUACAUCCACCACCAGCACAUCCUACACCGGGAUUUGAAGCCACAAAACCUCCUCAUCAGCUACCUCGGUGAGCUGAAACUGGCUGACUUUGAGCGUGCAUUUGGUGACAUUACAUUCGCUACUCAAGUGGUGAAAAUCUCCACAUCUGAAGCAGGCCUUGCUCGUGCCAAGUCAAUUCCCAGCCAGACGUAUUCCUCAGAGGUGGUCACUCUCUGGUACCGGCCGCCAGAUGUGCUGCUGGGUGCUACAGAUUAUUCAUCUGACCUGGACAUCUGGGGAGCAGGAUGUAUAUUUAUAGAGAUGCUUCAGGGAUACCCAGCAUUCUCUGGGGUGUCAGAUGUCUGUGAGCAACUGGAGAAGAUCUGGUCGGUUAUAGGACUGCCGAGAGAGGACACGUGGCCUGGAGUAUCACAACUUCCAAACUACAAAACAG